AAUGCAAUUAUUCUAUAAAUUUAACUUAGAGUAGAAGGCAAAACGAAUAAAUAACUCUGCGAAGACAGUCGUCAGUUGAAUAUUUAUCUUGCAAUGGAUUGAAUUACAUAUUGAAAUGGAUUUAAGUGCUACCUUUAAGAGGGGCAGCAUUCAGGUGCAAAAAGCAGCUAAGGUUGUUAACAGUCAAUUUGGAUCGACACAGAUAUUGAUCAUUUUCAUCGUUUGUGGAUUCAUUUUGUGUGGAAUUGUAGAACAGAGUGCUUCAGUUGCAUUGAGGGCAAACAGGACCGCGAGUUAUUCAGCUGAAGAAUUCGCCGAAUAUGUGGAGAAUACCAGCUACAUCACUAGAUACUGUCAAACCCCUACUAAUAGGAGUGAAACCCAUAUUGUGCGAUCCAUUCCGCAUAUUGAGAUUCCGAUGUCGAGAACAGACGAAACAGAGGCCAUUCUACGUGAAGCUUUCAUGUGGGGCACCUUAGUUUCCCCUUUAGCUGCCAGCAGGAUUGCCGCACGAGUUGGAGCAGAAAGGCUAUUCGGUGUCGGAGUUUUAGGAGCAGGCCUAAUAGCAGUCAUGGUGCCUGCAUCUUGGCUUACGCCGUGUCACGUCAUAAUACGCAUCAUACAGGGAAUUUUCAUGGGAGCUAUAUGGCCAGCCGCCCAUAUGAUAGCUGUCACAUGGAUCAAACCAAAAAAUGUGAGUGCUUUCGUCUGCCUUUAUUCAGCUGUCAAUUUGGGAUACGCAAUUGUUGGCAUUCUUGGAACUAUUCUAGUUCAUUCAUUUGGAAGAGAUUGGUUGAGCUACGUUAUCUCAGGAUUGGCUUUUUUCUGGUAUUUUUUCUGGUGGAGGUUUGUCGAAGAAUCCCUACAGUACAAUCAUCCAAAGAGAGAUGAACAUCGUAAUCUACCUUGGAGAAGACUACUCAUGUCAAAACCUGCAUGGUCUUGUGGUAUCGCAGUCAUAGGCAGUCAAUGGGCUGAUGCCACUUUGAUGUUGGGAGUUACCAAAUAUUUGAAAUUAGUGUAUGGGUUUUCUACUGGAUAUGAUGAUGUCCUCCAAUAUUUACCACAUAUUGGACAUUUCUUUUCAGCAAUAACAUUUGGAAUUGUAAUAGAUCAUAUAAGGACAUCUGCAAUUGUUUCCACAACAACGUCAAGAAAACUAGUCGUUUAUUUCUCUCAUUUCCCUCCUGCUGCUUUCCUCUUUGUUUUGGGAUAUACCGGUUGUGAUCCAGCCGCACCAGCAGCACUCUAUACAGCUGCUCUUGCUAUGACAGGAGCAACACCAGCUGGAGCCUAUUCCAGUGCGGCAGAUAUUGCGCCAAAUUUUGCCGGUACAGUGUUUGGUUUGUGCCAAACUGUUGGGGCUGUAGGUUUAUUAGCUGCCAAUUAUACAGUUUCUGAAGGUCUUCAUGGAUCAUUCGCUGGCUGGUGGAGGUUAGUUUUUGGAGUUUCAUCAGCUGUUUUAUUAACAACAGCAGCCUUUUUCAUGGCAUUUGGAAGUGGAUCUGUUCAAGAUUGGAAUGCACCUGGUGAUGUUCAAUCCGAAAUGGAAGCUGUAGAAGAACCUUCAAGAUUAGACUCAGUUCUAGAAUAAAUUUAAUAGAAUUACGAAUCCUGAAUUCAAUAACGCAUAUUGUUUUUUUUUUCAGAUCUGAUCCCAUUGAUAAAUAUAUUCCCAAAAAAAGAUUGA